CUUUGUGAGUGAUAGAGGGACUGCGAAUACUCUGACGGCACUAAAAAAUAAAGAGUUUGAAUUAUUAACAUGUCCAAGAUGAUAUUACUUUCAGUCUGUCUUUUACUUGGGAACAUUCCUGCAUUUUCAUUUUCAGCAUCAUCCAAGCCAAGACGUGAAAAGUCUGGCGACAGAAAUGAUUUCAUCAGCAGAGGUGGCCAUUCCAUACUUGUUGUUGCGAAGUUGUGAAGAAUUGUUGCAAAUAAACUGCCUUAUCAUAAAUCUGGACUAUGUUAAUUGCACAUGGAGUGAGCAAAAGCACAAUUACAGUUUCAAGAGCAAGUUUACACAUAAUGAACUUCUGGAUUGUCCUAAAUAUCUCAGGAAUGACAGUGUUAAUGUGGGCUGCAUUUUCCCUUACAAAAGGCCACAGCGGUUUACUACGUUAAUAAUAUGGCUGUACAGUGACGAUGGCAGUUUGGUGACAAUGCAGGAACAUAAUCUGAUGCCAAAUGUGAAGCUUUACCCUCCGUUCAACCUGACUGUGGUGGAAAAAAAAGAUUCAGAACUGUGGCUGUACUGGAGUAUGCCAACGAACAUCAGCUGCAUUGAGAGUCACGUUCUUUACAGGACAGACGACAAUGCGUGGCAGAUCACCACUACAGGCUUCAGCACCACCAUCUUUUUGCCUUUCCACCUCAAAAAACGGUAUGAGUUUCAGGUCAGGGCUCGAAUAGCGUCAGGCUGUGGACAGUCCAUGUUUUGGAGUGACUGGAGUGAACCUGUCUACUGGGGAUCUUUAAAGACCAAUAAUAGUACAGGUGUUUCUGGUGUGAGACAGAUGCAAUAGAAUCAAUAUCAGUGACGGAGUGAGAUUCAGUCACUCGGCAUGCUGGUGAAACACAGUCAGAUGAUCUCAGACAGAAGAAAAGUGUGGACUUUUGGACCUGACGAUACUGUAUCUUACCACUGUUUGGUCAAUCGCCUCCCCCAGUGUUUUCAGGAACUACACAUAACAAUAAUCACAUAAUUCAAUGAACACCUUUAAUGUUUUACUUUAGAUUUCUUUGUAAAAAUGUUUUUUUGUCUCAGUGAACAGAAUAGAGCCACAGUUAAACUGUU